AGAUACGUAAUAUGUACAGUUAGUAAUUAACAAAAAUUAAUUUCUAGAUACAAAAUCCGCUGAAUCAAAUGUUGAGCCAGUCAGUGGUGUUAAACCUAAGAAGAAAACUGCCAAUAUACAAAAUGAAGAAGAGAUAUUUGCUUCUCCUAAAAGAACUAGGAAAACCAAAUCAAAGACGAAAGACAGUGUUCUGUUCACAGACGAGACUAACAUUUUUGCAGAUUCUUCACCAACUCGUCCAAAAGAAAGAAAAAAGAAAAAAGAGAAAGAUCCAUUGUUUAAAGAAGUUGAUGGAGAUGACAUCUUUGCGGAUGCUAAAAGCAGUCCGAGAAGAACAAAGACCAAGAAAAAGUCAGAGAAGAAGAGUUCCGGGACCUCGAUAUUUGAUCCUGAUGUGCCAAGUAUAUUUGACGACCCACUCAGUGCUACCAAGAAAUAAUUUGUUCUUGCAUUAUAGCUACAUAUAUUUAUAUAAACAAAAAUAGACACAGAAAUAACGAUGGACCACUGGUGGUAACAUGCAAUGAAGAUCACCAGGACUGAUCACACCAUAGCAAAAUAACACAGUUUUAGAAAUACUAGAAUGGUAUAGGUAGUGUUCAUCUCAGGUUUUUUCUAGCGUCAUUUCAUGUGCGCAGAGGCUGUAUUGUGUGUGUUUAGCAGUUUUCGAAAAUAGAUUCAGUUUCAUUUUCGCAAUACAAACAAGUUUGAUUGACAUGCACCUCUUCAUCGCAUAUCAACAUACAUCAGUAGUUUUGAAAGUUGUAUACUCUUCAUAUCUAUGUCUGACUUUGAUGUAAACUCAUGUUUAUAUUUCUA